AUGUCGGAGGGGCCGUCCGAUUUGUCUAGUUCGCAUUUAGAGCCCCCCAGCAGGACCACGGAAAUGCAAGAUCCAGGAGCUGGUGACCAUACAGCUUCUGAAAGCGACAAUGAACACUUCUCAGAUGCCAGUGAAAGCAAUCCCCAACUCCAGUCACUCCCACAAUCCGGUCGCACUUCCCCUAUCCCGCGAACACGAGUUGAGAGGGUUGACAGCAGUACCCAACUUGGCGAGAUUCCCAGUACAGCAGCAUUCGAAAAUGGAGAACAGGAUUCAGUUCCCGAUGAGAUCGAGGUUAUUCCGGAAAGCUCACAAAGCCAUACGCAUUCGUCUGCGGGGUUAGAGGAUCAAAGCUUGAAUCCUGAAGGCUCACCAAUUCAGCGCACAGUGGUUGAGAAGGUGGACCCAGAUGAACCUAGCCAUGGCGAAGUCCCCGGGACAUUGGCAUAUGAACAGUGUUUCGCCGAUGCUGUACCCGACGUGGUAACCAGGGCUUCAGAUUCCGAGGCCAGCCCAACGCCGCUGGCAUUCGACCCUACACCUCCUGAGAUUGAUGGAACUUCAACAGAAAUUCCUGAGACACGGCUUGAGUGGGUGGAUACUAUGCCUACCGAGGAAGACCUGCCGCCACACCCACAAGCUCACACAAGCUCAACAAGUGAUACAUUACCCGACAAGGUAGAAACCGUCCCAGAUAUCUCAAUACAUGAUACAGACCUGGGAACUAAAGACCUAUCAUUGGGGGAUGACAUGAACGACGACCACGGAUAUGAACAGCAAGAAGGGGGAGAUGAUUUUGACGAAUUUGUAGAAGAGCAGGAAGACAUGGGAGAAGAUGAUUUUGGAGAUUUUGACGACGGCUUCCUAGAGCCCAGCACAGAGGAAGCCCCCACAGGCGAAAAUGCGGCACCUCAGCAAUCUCACGCACCUCCGCCUCUCACUAACUUUGACACAUUCAAAUCCACCUCCCAACUCCUCGAUGCCCUCCAAGACUCCCUUAACAUCCUCUUCCCCGAAUCCCAAGACAUAAGCUCUCUCCCCCCCGUCGAACCAAUCCCAGACUCCGCAGCAAUCUUCAGCACCGAGCGAUCCCUCUCACUAUGGUCCCAGCUCGUGGCACCACCGCCUCUCCAGCCCCAAAACUGGGUGAAAUCUCGCAUCCGUCGACUAUUCCUCGUAUCCCUGGGCGUGCCGGUUGAUCUAGAUGAGAUCCUCCCAGCCUCCAAACAGAAAAAGCUUGUCCUACCUUCUAUUGAGCUUGAAGGCUCCGGCGCAAAGAGCCCCAGCGCUCGAUCCGCCAGUCAAGUCCGCAAAGAAGAAGGCAAUGAUAACAACACCGAAAAGGGGCAAGCCCCCUCCCGCCCGAAAGCUACUCCCCGCCGCGGCGCCCCGCCGGCACCGGAAAUGGAUCUCUCGGCGGUCCGCCGGCUGUGCGCCACUACCGAUGCUGCCCUGAAUGGUCUCACAGAUUCAGAGUUGAGGCUGCAUGUCCAGGAACUAAACCAGGUUGCCCAGCGCGCCAGUUCGGUAUUGGAGUACUGGCUGAAGCGGCGGGAUGGCUUGGUUGGCGAAAAAGAGGCUUUCGAGGGUGUUAUUGAGAACCUCGUUAGUCAUGUUAGGAGAGUCAGAAAGUAG